AUGAAAACUACAGGUUGGAUUGGACUGGGCAUUAGUCCAGCUGGUGGCAUGCCAGGUGCUGAUAUCGCUCUUGGAUGGGUUGAUCAAACGGGUACUGCUUAUAUACAAGAUCGCUAUGCUUGCAGUUACUCACGACCUAUUAUGGACAAAAAUGAAGUCAAUUGGAUUGUUCUUCAAGGUCGUGAGGUUAACGGUUGGACAGCCAUCCAAUUCAAACGAAUGUUUGAUACGUGUGAUUCAAUGGAUGUUCCGAUUACGUUUGGCACCAACAAACUUAUUUUUGCCUAUGGACUUGUCGAUCCUGAUCUUUCACAGCCAAACAAUGAUAUUACUUAUCAUGAAAAUCGGCGAGGUUCACGCACACUACCACUUCGUUCAUAUAGCAAUCCACCGUCGGCAUCCGAGUUUGCCGCUUUUGACUCGGUUGAAUUCCGCUUGGACAAUGUUAGCUCAUUCUUACUUUAA